CUUCCCUUGUUUUAAGUCUUCUUAUUCACUCUGUUAAUUUAAUUUUCUUGAAGUUUGUUCCUAUUGUGCGUGUAUGUAUUGUGUUAUCAAGCUUCACUUUCUUGCUCCAAGCCUUCGAUUUAUAUGCAUUUUGUCAUUUUCUUUACAAUUGGGGUAAAGUUUUUGGCUGCCUCUAAGCUUGAUUGCUAAGGUAUUCAACUCCCCUUCCUCUUUUUGGGUCACUGUAGACUUCUUCAUCUUACAGUCUUUUUCUUUAACUCCCACCCCACAAAAAGUAAUAUUUAAACUUCUAUUGCACCAGUAAUUUCUUUUUGCAUGUUAUAGAUGACCAUUUUUUGUCAAGCUGAAGUUUUAGGUUGCAAUAUAAAAUUUGGGUACUCCAAGCAAUGAUGUUUCUUUAGACCAAAUAUGUAUAGCACAAAAAGUUCAACAAGCAAUUCAAUCUCAGAUUUCAAGAUUGAUAUUUUUAUGGCUUGUUCUUCUGAUAAUCUUGUUUUCUAAACUUGAUUAAAGAUUGUUUUAUAUGAAUUUCUACUAUUGUUGCAUUAAAUUAUGUAACAUACAAAGGAAGCGGUGGCCUUUUUCUUUGUUUGUUCUGUUAUUCACUCACUUGUAUGAUAAAGAAAACUGUAACCUGUGAGAUUCAAAACUGAGGUUUAUUUCUUCAAUUGUUUCUACUUUUUGUCACCAGAAAAGCCAGUUUUAUCUCACUAUCUUGCCUGCAAAUGUUUAGUUUUAAUGUCUUUUUACGAUAGCCCAUCAGAAAUUUGGAAUAUAAGGCCGCCUAUUUGAACAAUUCCUAACCAAAUAGAAGCUGGAUUUAUCCCUUUUUAAUCAAAGCUGGACUGUAUCUUGAUUCUUGAAGUUGUAUUAAUAUGUAAAUUUUCACUUACUAGGGUUAAAGGGAAUAAAUUUCACUUGUAGUAUCAAAAACUCCUAGAUCACAUAAAUAUGAAAAUAGUACUCUUCACAAAGUUGACCUUUAAAGAUGGAAGCUCAAGUCUCAAUAUACUGGUAUUAGAGCUUAAUAAUUUGAAACGAGCAAUUCGAUCUAAUUAAGGCAAAAAGUAGCAAUCAGAUUCCAUGAUUUGUGUUCUCAAACAAGUCAAUAUUUUAUGAGGCCUGUUAGUGGUAAAAUAUGAACAUACAAAUCAAUAUGUAAGGGAUUUCGGAUCAGUAAUGUAUAGCUCCCUUGUAAGUUUGAACCUAAAACGUCAAUACUGAAAAGGUUGAAACACUAGUGUAUGGUUAAAAAUUGGAUGGAAUCAUGCACCAGUUAAAAAUUGUAAAUGAGCUUUAGGAUUUGUUGGCGCUCUUAAAGGUGAGAUCUUGUGAUUGGCAUUAGCCCUUGAUUGAAAUUUUUUGUUCACACAUUUUGUUGUGCUUAUAUGGAACCACAAAGUUAAUGCUUUCAGCUUUUUUUACUUUUAUGAUGUGUUUUGUUAUUCUCAUUCAACAUAGAUGGUUAUUUUACAAGAUACUGAACCAGGUGGUUGAUAUUGAGUAGUUAUAUUACAUCAAAUUCUCAUUCAAUAUGGAUAGCCAUUGAGGGACUCGUGGGAUGCUUAUAAAAAGAGCUUGAUCGACCUCAAGAAAUUUGUGGGUUAUCCCGGGGGACAAAAAACCGAAUUGGUUAAUUUGGAGGAGAUUUUACUUUUCAAUUUUUUGCAUACUGAUCAAAAUAAAUAGUCGUCUCAUCAAUUUCAAAAGUGUAGAGAUUGAAGAGGAGAAACUGUUAAAUUCAGGAAAAACUGAAACUCUAAAGAUUUUGAAAUCCUUUGAGCCUAUUAAUGGCAUCAUCGUCGUUUUCUGGGUCAUCUAAGAGGGCCAAGGCACCUGGCAACAUUAUCCAAGUCGCUCAUUGCUCGGUUGAUGGGUGUAAUGCAGACCUAAGUCUAUGUAGAGAUUAUCACAGGCGGCAUAAAGUCUGUGAGAUUCACUCAAAGACCCCAAAAGUCAUGAUUGGAGGCCGUGAGCUACGUUUCUGCCAACAGUGCAGCAGGUUUCAUUCUCUCAUAGAAUUCGAUGAGGGAAAACGGAGCUGCAGGAAACGACUUGAUGGUCACAAUAGACGGAGAAGGAAGCCUCAGCCUGACUCUGUCUCAAGAACUUCCGGAUUGGUGUUUCCGAGUCAACCUGCUGUUUCAGGUUCAAGACUUCUGUCAUUUAGUACCCCACUAGUACUUCCAAAUACCGUCAUGAGCUCCUCAUGUGCUGGUCUUGUCAAACCCGAGAACGAAACGGGGCUGUAUAACAUUCAACAGCUCUCAAAUUACAUCGAGAGACAAAACUCAUACCCGGAAUGCUCUGCAAGUUAUAAGGGAGUAAAUCAACUUCAAUUCGCACAAGAAGAAGCUUCCAUCUAUCAACAUCCAGUUUUUUAUCCGAAUGCAGCAUCCGCAAAUACUAACAUUGGCCCUAGUACUUUUUCCAAUGGAUUAAAUCAAGUCGUUGACUCUGAUCGUGCUCUCUCUCUUCUGUCAUCGACAACCCCUGUAACUCGGGAUUUUGGUUUGAACCAUGUUGUUCCGCCUAAAUCAAUCCCCAGAGCAGACUCCUUCAUUCAUAACUUGCACUACAGCAGCCUAGGACAAUAUCAGUUCCCUCAAGAAAUUGAAAGCAAACCAGUAGUUUCAGCUAGAGACUCCCCUGGUAGCAAUGCCUCCAGCCUUCGUUUCCAGGAUAUGUUUCAGAAUGGGACCGAGGGGACGUCUUCAAGUGGAUCCCAUCAAACGCUCUCAUUCAUGUGGGAAUAAAUUUAGCCAGGUUUCAUUUGUUUGUUAUUUCUUAUUUUCUCACGUAUAGUUAUAUUUGUGAUUGCUUGUUGACUGAUGUUAGAACCUAUGACAGUAACUGCCUCUUGAGAGGAUAUGUUUAUUCGCGUGUUCUUAA